CAGCUGGGACAGCUGCUCUACUUUAAAAUGGACGCGCACCUCCACCUGGGUCUGUCUGCGCAGGGAGCCAGGGACGCGGACGCGGCGGCACCGGCAAGCGGCAAGCAAUUGUCUCAUCUGCUCCACUCCAUCUCCAUUUAACGCACUCUCCACUCCUUCGCGGCGGGGGUUUAGGCGCACGGCGGCAGGCCAAUUAACGCCGCUGCGGCGAGCACCGGGGGGGAAAUGGGCGGCGACGGCACGAGGGCGCUGGACCAGACGCCGACGUGGGCCGUGGCCGCCGUCUGCGCUGUCAUCGUCGCGGCGUCCAUACUCCUCGAGGGCUUCCUCCACCACCUCGGUCAGUUGCUCAACAAGAAGCGGAAGAAGGCGCUGUUUGACGCUCUGGAGAAGGUUAAAUCGGAGCUGAUGACUCUGGGGUUCAUAUCGCUGCUGCUGACCGUGACGGGAAGGUACAUCGCGCGCAUCUGCAUCCCGGAGGGAGCCGCAAACACCAUGCUGCCCUGCCGCCUGUCCGGUCACUCGGUGGCGGAAGAGCCCAAGGGCCAUGGCCGACGGCACCUAUCUGAAGAUCCAACCAACCUUUUUUCCUGCCGCAAAGGCAUGGUGUCGCUUGUUUCAGCCGACGGCAUGCAUCAGCUGCACAUUUUCGUGUUCUUCUUGGCCGUCUUCCAUGUUACCUUCAGUUUCUUCACAAUGUCCUUGGGUAGAGCAAAGACUCGUAUAUGGAAGGUGUGGGAAAAGGAAACUUGCUCCCCUCAGUAUAAUUAUUUAAAUGACCCCUCAAAGUUCAGGCUUACGCACCAAACAUCUUUUGUGAGGCAACAUGCAAGUUGUUGGAGCAAAAGCACAAUCACGCUCUAUUUUGUGAGCUUCUUUAGGCAGUUCUUCAGAUCCGUCCGUAAGACAGACUACUUUACUUUGCGACAUGGAUUCAUUUCAGCUCAUUUAUCUCCGGGGACUAGGUUCAAUUUUCGAAAGUACAUUAAAAGGUCCUUGGAGGAUGAUUUCAAGACAGUUGUUGGCAUUAGUCCACCACUAUGGGCUUCUGCUUUGGCUGUCAUGCUGUUCAAUGUUCAUGGAUGGCACAACUUAUUCUGGUUCUCUGCAAUUCCCCUUGUAGUUAUUCUAGCAGUUGGAACAAAGCUGCAGGCUAUAAUUGCUAUGAUGGCUAUUGAAAUUGCAGAGAGGCAUACAGUUAUCCAAGGCAUGCCGGUGGUAAAACUAAGUGAUGAUCAUUUCUGGUUCGGGAAGCCUCGUUUGGUUCUCCACCUCAUUCAUUUCGCAUCAUUUCAGAACGCAUUUGAAAUUACAUAUUUCUUUUGGAUCUGGUACGAAUUUGGCCUGAGGGCUAUCGUCCAGUUUAUGUGCAGCUACAUCACCCUUCCACUCUAUGCCCUUGUUUCUCAGAUGGGUUCAGAAAUGAAGCGAACAAUUUUCGACGAGCAGACAGCGAAGGCCCUGAAGAAAUGGCACAAGGCCGUGGUGAAGAAGAAACACCACAAGGAUUCCUCACACAAUUCUUCCGAGACUCCUAGCACUGACACAACAGGACCUGCAGGGGAAGCGGGUGAGUGGCAGCGGCUGCACGAGGUGCCGGUCCGGCACCUCCACCGGUACAAGACCAUCGCGCACGUCGGCGGCGUGAGGAGCCCGUUGUCGGACCCGGACUACAGCGACACGGACGACACCGAGCCGCUGUCGUUGCAGACUAGGCACCUGAUACCGCCGGCGAAGCAGCGGAGCCUCGACACCGAGCGCGCGGAGGUGCGCGUGAACGUCGUAGAGACAGCGGCGGCGCCAAGCGACGUCCUCCAAGACAGCUUCUCGUUCCCAAGGCUGCUUCCUCCUCGCCAUGUGCCGGACAAGUAAAGUGGCCAGCAGUCUGCUUAGUACUACAGACUGUCCUAUAUAGAGAUAGUAGAAUAGUAGUUUCAAGUUAUAAGUCGAUUUGGCUAGUUAUACAACUUUUGUUAUUUAUUUAGAUAAAGGCUAUGUCUAUAUAGCAAAAGUUGUAAAACUAGAAAAAUCAAAAUGAUUUAUAAUUUGAAUUGUAGUAGUAUAGUAGAUUAGUAGUCGAAUCUAACAUGCAUGAGAGCAUUUUCUUAGUACAGCUGCCUGUAAGUGAUGCCUGGGUCGAUGACU